GAACACGCACAGAACAGUGAACAUCUGUGGGUGGAGACCAACGCGUCCGGCGAUUAUUGUUACGCCAUGGAGACAGAUUGUCUGAAAAUGGGUCCACGAAGAAAAUGUAUCGCAUGCAAGAUUGUGGCGCAUGAUGCCUGCAUCAGUAUUCUCGAACAGAAGAACCUGAGAUGCAAACCAACAUUCCGUGAGGCCGGGUUUAGGAACUAUAGGGAGCAGACGUUUAUGAGGCACCACUGGGUGCAUCGACGGCGACACGAGGGCAAAUGCAAACAGUGUGGCAAGUCCUUUCAACAACGAUUUUCCUUCCAGAAUAAG